AUGAAUGCGCUCCCUCCACCUGACAAGACCUGGUUGCUGGACACCUUUGGGACCGAUGGGACAGUGCUGGACCACCAGUUCUGGGGGCGCAUCCGACCCCUGACGGACUAUCCUCUCAAUCGCUUCCUGACCCUGAUCCCAGGCUUCAGCACCCGGAAUACUUUCUUGGGGGCGGCGACCGUGGAACGCCGCUCUGAGGACUCCGUCACCGCCCAGCUCCCCCAGCGGAGCUGGCAGUGCGUGCUGUGGAGCAAGGUGCACCCGUGGCUGAACUCCUCCUUGGGAUGGCCAGCUUACCACCAGAACCUGCUGCGAGAGUACUCGAAGUACUGCAAGGUCAUCGCAACCAUCGACAAGCAGGACACCUAUAAGACCGAGCGGAUCUUACGGAGCUGCUGCCCCGAAGUGGAUGUCCGCAAUGUCCAGUCCCCGGCGGCGUUCCGGGACCUCUUGCAAGGAUCGGCCGUCUACGUGGGCGUAGGUGAGCCUUUGAUCGCACCCUCCUGCUUCGAAGCAUUGAGCGUCGGGACCCAUGUGAUCCAACCCCGAAUUCCCGAGCCUCACGCGGUGCCAAACAAGCCCAUCACGCAGAAAUGGACGUCUCAACAUCCAUUCUUGGAGCAGGUACCGGAGCCUUUUGCUUACACCGUCGAUCCGCUGGACUUCAAGGCACUCGCCGAGACGUUUAAGAAGCUUCGAGCGGCCUAUGACUCCGUUUAUGGCGGCACGGCCACCGCAGAAGCCAACCCUGAGGCCCCUUCCUUGAAUGCAACUCUUCGGAAGUUCUACGCGGCGGGCGAGUAUCCGGGAAGGGAGGUUUACUCCACAGAAGGUUUCCUCGAGCGAGUCGCGCGCGUCGUGAACAAGACCAGGAGAUUGACAACGGAAGAUUGGGAGUGGGAGAGGCAAGACCAUCCACAGAUGCUUCCUGACAGAGCCUUUCACGCCCAAGCAGCUGGCUGA